AUUCGGUGUGUGCGUCGGGCGGGGGCUCUAUUGAUUUAAAACUGUUUGUACCGGUGCUCGUGUCAGUAAUAAAGAUUCUUACCGUUCAUGAGGUAAGGCGUCCAAGAAACACCACGAAAUAGUCCGAGGUUACUGAUUAGAUAAAAAUUUAUUGUAUUUACGAUAAACUAAGCGAGCGGUUACCUGUUUUCUUCGAUCGUACGUUUCCUUGCAUUUUCAAACAGGGAAAAAGAGAUACAUUGUUCAUUGACAACAUGUCGAAUGCAGUUAAAACAAUUAGUUCGACGACGAAAAAAUCAAAUAAUAAUUUCGAACCGACUGUACCAAAAAACAGACAAGAGAUUUUAAAGUGGAAUGGCUGGGGUUAUAAGGAUUCACGAUUUCUUUUUAAUAACAAUGUUGUCGAAUUCACUGGCUCCAGAUAUCCUAUCGGUAAUAAAAAACUGCCAUAUUUCACUCAAUGGGUCAAAGAUGUGUUCAACAUACAGUUUGAAGUUAAAUUUACGUCGCAAGAUAUACCAAAAAAUUACCCGAAGUCAAUUAUUUCACCCGAAUUAAUAGAAUCCAUUAAAAGGCUUAACAUCGAUUAUUCGUUGAAAGAAAUAGACCGAUUGGUCAGAGCGCAUGGUCAUACCUUAAGAGAAAUCUUUAUUCUUAAAUAUGGAAUGUUCAAAAGAAUACCGGAUAUUGUAUUAUGGCCUAAAUGUCACGAGGAUGUUGUUAAAAUUGUGAAAAUUUGUGCUGAAUAUCAAGCUGUUUGCAUUCCUUUUGGUGGUGGAACUAGCGUUAGCGGUGCUGCUUGGUGUCCGAUUGAUGAACGUCGAACGAUUAUUUCCUUAGAUACCACGCAAAUGAAUCAAAUAUUAUGGAUUGAUAAAGAAAAUUUAAUAGCUUGUGCACAAACAGGUAUAAUUGGACAAGAUUUGGAACGUGAAUUACGUCAACAUGGUUUAACUUCCGGCCACGAACCGGAUUCCUACGAAUUUUCAAGUUUAGGUGGAUGGGUAGCAACCAGAGCGAGUGGUAUGAAAAAGAAUACUUAUGGAAAUAUCGAAGAUCUUGUAAUACGUGUUCGGAUGGUCACAGGUCGUACGGAAGACAUUGAAUUUACAUUAGAACGAGGAUCAUUAGUCCCUCGUUCAUCUUGUGGGCCAGACUUUGAUCAUAUAAUACUUGGUAGCGAAGGUACAUUGGGCUGCAUUACAGAAGUUAUUUUUAAAGUACGACCUUUGCCAAGGGUAACCAAAUACGGCAGUAUAGUAUUCCCAGACUUCAAAAGUGGACUUGCGGCUAUGAGAAUGAUAGCCAAGGAACGUUGCCAACCAUCUAGUAUCCGACUUAUGGACAAUGAACAAUUUCAAUUUGGUCAGAUAUUACGUCCUGAAUCAAGUUGGGGUAGUUCAAUAUUAGAUAGCUUGAAACAUACAUAUUUAACUAUGAUAAAGUGUUUUAAGUGGGACAGCAUUUGUGUGGCUACACUUUUAUUCGAAGGAGACUCUUCAGAAGAGAUUUCAGCUAAGGAGAAAAAAAUUUAUAACAUUGCUAAGUUAUAUAAUGGUAUAGCUGCUGGAGAAAACAACGGCGAACGUGGCUACACUUUGACUUUCGUUAUUGCAUAUAUACGUGAUCUAGGUUUGGAGUAUGGCGUGGUGUCGGAAUCAUUUGAAACAUCGGUUGCAUGGAAUCGUACUUAUUCCUUAUGUUGUAACGUCAAAUCUCGAGUAGCUAAAGAAUGUAAUGCGCGAGGUAUAAAAUAUUUCAUGAUAUCUUGUCGUGUAACUCAAACCUAUGAUACGGGAUGUUGCGUAUAUUUUUAUAUGGGAAUAAACUAUAUUGGCUUAAAAGAUCCAAUAGGAACUUAUGAACAGAUUGAAGAAGCAGCAAGAGACGAAAUAUUAGCUAGCGGUGGUUCUUUAUCUCAUCAUCACGGUGUCGGUAAAUUAAGAGCUUCGUAUUAUUCGGAAGCUGUCGGACAAGCUGGCGUUUCUCUUUACCGUGCCGCUAAAGCUCAUUUAGAUCCCCAUAAUAUAUUUGCUACAAGAAAUUUAGAUCCUGAUUAUAAAAGUAAACUAUAAAAUCGUUAUUAUUAUUAUUAUUAUUAUUAUUAUUAUUAUUAUUAUUAUUAUUUUUAUUAUUAUGGAAAUUUUAUAAAAGAAAAUGAAGAAAAGAACCAGAAUUGUAAAAGCACACACGAAACAACAAUGUAUAAUAUUGAUUAUUGCAGUGCUCAUUUUAAUAUACCCAAGACGUGAUGAAAUUAUAAAUAUAUAUAUAAUAAUGCCUACGCGAUAAUGAAAGAAAAAGAUAAAAAGAAAAGAAACAA